GCGCAGUCGCGGUGGCCACGGGCCGGCCGGCCGUGGCUCUGGGCGGAGGAACAUGGCGACUUAUGUGGAGAUCAUCAGGCACGAGUUCCCGGACAUUGACUUAGAACUCUUCCAAUACGUGACAGGUGUGCUGGACAGCAGUGCCGCUGAUUUUGAAUCUGUUGAUGAGAUUUUUGAAGCAAUUGGCGAUGUUCUUCAGGAAGUGUCAGUCUCAAAAAACGAAGAUGACGUCCGCGAGAUCUGUGAAAAAAUGUUUAAUACGCUUAAACUCAAUACAUCCAACUCCUCAAAGUCAAACGUACUGCUGAAAGCACCAAUACAGCUCUCGCAAGUAACUGGUAGCACUGACUACAAGACUGAAGAGGUCAAAGGAAUCUGGAUGAUGAGACGGGAUUUGGGGACGACGGUAGAUGCAAAGAAACUGGAGAAAGCUGAAGCCAAGCUAAAAGCAAAGCAAGAAAAGAGGACGGAGAAGACCUCCCUGAAGCCAGCAAGUCCCUUGGUCCUGGAGGAAGCAUCGGCCAGCCAAGCUUCCAAUAAGAAAGAAACUCGCUUGGAAGCCUCUGGAAAGAACAAGUCGUAUGACAUUAAAAUUGAAAAUUUUGAUGUCUCCUAUGGAGACAGGGCCUUACUUAAUGGUGCAGAUUUGCACCUUGCUUACGGUAGGCGUUAUGGUUUAAUUGGUCGGAACGGCUUGGGGAAAACGACGCUGUUGAAGAUGAUGUCGGCACGGGGUCUCCGCAUUCCAUCGCACAUCAGCAUCUUGCACGUGGAGCAAGAGGUGGUUGGCGAUGACACGCUGGCUCUGCAGAGUGUGCUGGAGUGCGACACGGUGCGUGAAAGCCUGGUGUGCGAGGAGAGGGAGCUGACGGUAAAAAUGAACAUCGGCCUAGGCAAUGGUACAGAGAGUGGUCGGCUGACGGAAAUCUAUGCCAAGUUGGAGGAGAUCGAUGCAGACAAGGCUCCAGCCAGGGCUUCGGUUGUUCUAGCAGGUUUGGGAUUCAGCUCCAAAAUGCAGAAACAAAUGACUAGGGAGUUCUCUGGAGGCUGGAGAAUGAGGCUGGCUCUAGCCAGGGCACUGUUUGCCAAGCCUGAUCUUCUGUUAUUAGAUGAACCUACAAACAUGUUGGAUGUGCGGGCCAUCCUGUGGCUGGAAAAUUACUUGCAGACCUGGCAGUCCACUAUCCUGGUUGUGUCGCAUGACCGCAAUUUCCUGAACGCCGUGGCCACCGACAUUGUUCACCUGCAUUCGCAGCGUUUGGAGACGUAUCGAGGCGAUUAUGAAAACUUCAUAAAGACUAAAGAGGAAAGACUGAAAAACCAGCAGCGGGAAUAUGAGGCUCAGCAUCAGUACAGAGAGCACAUACAGGUGUUCAUUGACAGGUUCCGAUACAAUGCCAACAGAGCUUCACAAGUACAGAGCAAGCUGAAACUUCUGGAAAAACUGCCCGAGCUGAAGCCUCUUGAGAAGGAGCCAGAAGUGACAAUCAGGUUCCCUGACAAUUUUGAGAAGCUGUCCCCUCCAAUCUUACAGAUGACUGAGGUAGACUUCAAUUAUAAUCCCGAGAGUCCCAUCUUUAAAGAUCUCUCAGUGUCUGCUGAUCAGGACUCACGAAUUUGCAUUGUGGGGGAGAAUGGCGCUGGUAAAACAACACUGUUAAAGAUACUGCUCGGGGAUCUAGCACCAGUUCAAGGCAUUAGACAUGCACACAGGAAUUUAAAGAUUGGCUACUUCAGUCAGCAUCAUGUGGACCAGCUGGAAAUGAACAUCAACUCGGUGGAACUUUUGGCUACAAAAUUCCCAGGGAGGACGGAAGAGGAAUACCGACAUCAGCUGGGUGGUUAUGGUAUAUCAGGAGACCUGGCUGUGAGACCUGUCGCCAGUCUGUCGGGAGGACAGAAGAGCAGGGUGGCGUUUGCACAGAUGACGAUGCCCCGACCCAAUUUCUAUAUAUUGGAUGAACCGACCAACCAUCUGGACAUGGAGACUAUUGAGGCAUUGGGACUAUCAUUACAGAAGUUUAAGGGUGGAGUAAUACUGGUGUCCCAUGACGAGCGGCUGAUUCGCAUGGUGUGCAGGGAGCUGUGGGUGUGUGGCUGCGGCACCGUGAAGCGAGUGGAUGGAGGAUUCGACGAGUACAGGGACAUCCUCCAGGAACAGUUCCGUAGGGAGGGAUUUCUAUGAGGCCCUGCUCUUUGAUGUGAUCCCCCCCCCCAUUGCAAUCCAGACAUCCAGGACUUGCUGCUUUCAGUGGGCAAGUGUGACAAUGGCCCACUAUAGUCACCUCUCAUUUUGUUUUCAUUUUUACAACCUGGCCUUGCCCACAUCCCCUAAUGUUUGAUCCAGGGACAAUGAACUUGGGUGUAAAUUAAACCAAGCACCAUUGCCACCUGUUCCACGUAAAGCCAAACCAAUGGGUGGAUAAUUUUCAGCAAUGGUUGGAGUUCAAUGCAAUAACCCAUUAUUAUUUAAUGUAAUUAAUCACUAAUAGUCCCCUUGCCUUUUUCUCAACAUGCAGUCACCGUCAGUGAGUUGUUAACAAAUCCAUCUGUGCUGAUUUUGAAAAAGGCCCAAGUAGACGGUGUGAAUAAGUGUUAAUGGCAGCUGCAGUUGUUUCUCAGUGAGUGAGGAGAUGCCAGAACCUGCUUUCAGGUCCACCCUCAAUUGCUGCUAUUUCCCCGUUACUCAGUGCAGGCUGAUUGUCCCAGCAAUGUCACUGGAACCUGCAGCUGAGGCUGUGUUGAGCCAGGCAUUGGACAAGGAUGUCAUUGGGUCUCCAGGUCCUGCUGCCUAGGGAUGGGUGUGGACUGUUCAAUACAACAAGCUACAUUGCACAACCUCUCAAAAUGAGUAACAUGAAUAAAUCAUUUGACAACCAUAAAUGUUUUCAAAAA